CUGAUUCUCCGUUCACCUGUUUGAAGACGAAGCGUUCAAACGCACAUGAACGCGUGUCGCGCAGGUUAAACGCACGCUGUCUCUAGUGUUCACGACUGCAGGUAAUAUGGUGGCGAUUAGAGGUUUAAGCCAAAGCUUCUCUCGGCUGGCCAGAGGAGCAUCUUUACAGAUAAAAUUCAGCAAGAGUCGCGUGUUCAAGAUGCGCUCGAACUCGUACCAGACCCAGGCGGUUUCUGAUGGGGAGCUCAACUUCAAGUUAUCCAGUCGUGGCAGCAGCUCCAGCCUAUCAGAGAGCUCGAGCGGGUCAGGUGGUCCUCAAUGUGCUGAUGGUCCAGCCAGUCGGGUGGUCAGCUGGGCGGUGUGUUUCGAACGCCUGCUUGAAGACCAUGUUGGUGUACGAUACUUCACCGAGUUUCUCAAAUCAGAGGUGAGUGCUGAGAAUAUUCUGUUCUACCAAGCCUGUGAAAAGUUCAGGAAUAUCCCACCCACUAAACUGGAAGAGCUGAAGAAAGAGGCGCGUUCCAUCUACGACAAUUUUCUUUCUGAAAGCUCUCUGCAUGCGGUUAAUAUCGACGAUACGGCCCAGAUGGAAGAGAGCGCAUUAGAGACGCCUACACCCGACAUGUUCAAUAAAGCACAGGGACAGAUCUUCAAGCUGAUGAAAAUGGACAGCUACACGAGGUUUGUCCGCUCUCUGCUGUACCAGAACUGCAUGCUGUCUUGUGUGGAGGGUUGUCCUCUACCCAACAUUGGAACCCCGGAGCCCAAAAGCAAAAUGUCCAAAAAGAGUGCAACGCCACCUAGUAACAGAAAGAGUGUUGAGUUGAAAGUGCCCUCAUCCGACAGCAAGACCAACAGGAAGAAGAGGUUAGAGAAGAGAGGCUCAUGGGGAGCUGACCAGUCAUAUCAGCAUGUGGUGGUGUCUCGUAAAGAGUCUCAGAUCUCAGUGAAGUCUAACAGCAGUCUGGAGUUGGUCUCUGGAUUCGGGCGAGCUGAGAACGGGCGCUGCAAUGUGGCCAUCUCUGAUCCAGAAGCCUUGAGUUCUGGUUCUCCGACAGCAGAUAAGUACUGCUGCGUCUACCUGCCGGACGGGACUGCCAGCCUGGCCCCUGCCAGACCCAGCGUGAGCCUCCGAGACAUGCUGAGCAGCCUGUGUGAGAAGAGAGGCUUUCCUCUGAAAGAUGUUAUCAUCUACCUACACGGCAGAGAUAAGCCUCUUUCUCUGGAUCAGGACAGCUCUGUGUUUGGAGAUCAACAGCUCACUCUGGAGCUCAAAGUUACAUUUGUGCUGGACAUUGCGUUUGCAGGAAGAACGAUAGGAAUCAUUGCAAAGUCGAGCAAGAAUUUGGGCGAUGCACUUUCCACUGUCCUACAGAAACACCAACUGCGACCUCAGGAUGUGCAGGCUACUCUGAGUGGCUCAAAUGAACCUCUAAACAUGAGCACAAACGUGUUUCGUCUAGCCAGCAAAACAUUGUGGUUGGACAAAGUUAAAGCUGGUUUGGAGACUCAAGCCGCUUCACCAACACCCAAAGCAAAUCCCAGACUCAGAAACAACCAGGACUUGGACGGUCUUGUUGAGCUGCUGUCCCGCGCACAGUGCAGUCGUGUGGAGGACCAGCGUGGUUUACUCACCAAAGAGCAGCUGGAAUUACCGCAGUUCCUGCAGCUGCCAGCAGGGAAAGAAGAGCAGAAUUCCUGCGACCGGACACAGGAAGAGGAUUGUGCCCUUUGACCUUGAGAACCAUUCAAGCACUAUUCAAGCAACUUAAGACUCAAAUCCGUUAGCUGUAUGGCAGACUGGAGGAGAGAAACUCUGAUAGGGUUACGCAAGUGUGUGUGUGUGUGUGUGUGUGUGUGUGUAUGUGAGAGAGAGAGUGAGUUGAGGUUUCUUAACCUUGAGAGUGAUUGUGUAAGGUGUAUAUUUUGUAUAUUACAGACACUGCCAUGUAGAGCUCUUAGAAACGCUGCCUAUCAAAUAAUGCAAAAUUAUGGAAAGUUGCCUUAAAAAAAUCCAACUACAUUUGCCUGCUAAAACAAUUGUAUUUAUUUUCAUAUCAGAUUGUAUUGUGUACUCUUAUUUAUCAGAACAUAUUUGGUAUGGGAACACAUUAGUAUGACUUUAUAUUAAGUGUUUUUGUGUUCACAGUGAGUUUUAGUGUCUGGUUAAAAAAGGUUUUGUGUGAGCUGUUGUGGGAAGCUGCACUGUGUUGCGUGUGAUUUUAGGCACUUUGUUUCGUGUGGUGACACAAUCUGAUAUGAAAUGAGACAAGGAAGGUCAUAUUUAAUUUUGAUAUAAUUUAUUUCAAAUUUCCUAAAUUAAAUGUCAUUUCCACUCCAUGUCGGUCCAAAACUGUAUGAAAUCUGACUUUAUAUCUCGCAGUUGUGAGAAAAGUAAAUUGUAAGAGUCCAGUUACCUAAAACCGGAGUAAACAAGUUCCAUGCUAUAUUCCAGAUCUUCUCAAGUCAUGCAGGCUUUCAUGGUACUGUAUGAGCAAAGAGCAGUGUGAACCUUCAAAAUGUGUCCUUACCUCUUACAAAAAGUUAUACAGGUUUAGAACAGCGUGAGUAAAAGAUCAUUACAUUUCCUUUAAAUGCAUCUCUACUUUGAUAUUGAGUCAUGUACUGUAAUUUCAACUAGAGCAAUGAAGCCACAUUAUCAGUCUUUUGCUGUUUUUCUCUAGUGUGUGUAGAAUGUGUCACUUCCUCUCUGAUAUGGUUGUCUCAGAUUCGUUUUGUCUGAAAUACAGUUGAUAAGGGCAGCAUUACUGUGUUGUCAUUAAAACUAUUAAAACUAAUUUUUGAUAAUUAAAAUAUUUUGAUAACUAAAAUAUAAAUAUUAGAUGAAAGUUAAACACAAAUAGACAACUCACCUUAAAGUUAUUAACACUGAAAAUAUAAUGCUGAAUGGGAAAAAACCCAAUAACCUGUGUAUUGUGUAUCGGUACACGUGUAGGCCUAUUGAACAAAUGCGGCAUUGUUUUAACCACUGCACAAGUGGAGCUUUGUUUUAUAUUGU